GUAUAAAUGGGUGUAAUAUCUGUAAUAUAUAUUUUUUAUUACUGCCUCAACUCGCGGCGUUCAAACACACUAGCUAGUUUAUCUCUCAACCGCGCGUACUCAGCAUUUACUUCGAAUACUCCGUCUAGUAAACAUUUAUUUUAAUUAGUAAAUUUAUUAUUUUUAUUUUUAUAUUAAUAAUGAAAUAUAUUGCGGCAUUAGAUGUCGGUACCACGACUAUAAGAUGUCACAUUUUAGAUAGCAAUGCUGUUACCAUUGCUUCUGCUACUGAAAAGGUCGAAUUACUUUAUCCAAAACCCGCACACGUUGAAAUAGAUCCAGAUCAACUUUGGAUGUCAAUUAUUAAAGUUUUAAAAAAUGCUGUGCAUGCGAGUAAAGUUGACGUUAAAUUAAUAGCGUGUCUUGGAAUAUCAACCCAACGCAGCAGUUUUAUCUCAUGGAACUUUGAAACGGGAAAAUAUUAUCACAGAAUAAUAACAUGGAAAGACUUGAGAGCAGAUUCAAUGGUACGUGAAUGGAAUUCAUCAUUAACAAUGAAGAGUUUAAGAAUGGGAUCUCAUAUUCUUUAUACACUGUCACGUAACAAAAGAUUUCUUGCCGGCAGUGUAUUAAAAUUAAUGAAUACUCAGAUGACCAUGCGUUUAAUGUGGGCCUUGCAAAAUAUUCCUGAACUUCAAGAAGCUGCUCAGAGUGGAAAUGCGGUUUUUGGUGGAGUCGAUUGUUGGCUUCUUUACAAAUUAACUGGCAAACAUAUAACCGAUGUAUCAAGUGCAUCAGCAACGGGCCUCUAUGAUCCGUUUACAAUGAGCUGGGCACAAUGGGCAAUUAAUUUAUUUAAAAUACCAUCCUCGAUGUUCCCACAAGUCGUUGAUACUGCAGGAGAUUUCGGUACUGUUCCAAAAGAUAUUUUUGGUGUAUCGAUACCUAUUACUUGUUGUAUGGCCGACCAAGCAGCCUCGUUAUUUGGAUCAACAUGUUUCAAUCCAGGUGACCUAAAAGUAACAAUGGGCACUGGUAGUUUUUUGAAUGUCAACACCGGCACAGAACCCCAUGCAUCAGUCGCGGGCUUGUAUCCUCUAGUAGCCUGGAAAAUAAAUUCCGAGGUAGUUUAUAUGGCCGAAGGUGCGUCCAGCGACACCGGGACCGUAAUCGAGUGGAUUAAAUCACUGGGUAUCAUUAACGAGCCCCAUAAAACGUCAGAUCUAGCGAAUUCAGUUGACAGCUCGGAUAUUUAUUUCGUACCAGCAUUCAGUGGGUUGCAGGCACCGAUAAAUGAUCAAUCAGCUGCUACAGGAUUUCUAGGCCUGAAACCAACCUCUGGACGGGCACAUAUCGUACGGUCAGUGCUGGAAGGACUCGUAUUUCGUAUUUUACUUUUGUAUGAGUCAUUAUGCACUGAAACUUGUCGUAAUUACAACAGCAUUAGGGUAGACGGAGGAGUGUCGCAAAAUGAUUUUAUACUGCAAUUACUAUCUGACCUCACUGGUUUGCCUGUCGAGCGAUCAACUAAUCCCGAAAUGUCUAUACUUGGCGUUGCUUUUCUUUCCGGUCUUCAGUGCGGUAUUUGGGAGAAUCGACAGGAGUUGUGUAAAUUAAGACAAGUUGAUAAAGUCUUUCAGCCGGAUAUUAAACGGGGCAGAAAUUAUUUGUCAGUAGUCAGUCAAUGGAAACGCGCCGUCCAAAGAUUUAAAAAUUGGUAUUAAUUUUUACGGUCCACCUUCAUUUAAUAAAAUACCAGUACCAAUUAUUGACACUUAGAAGUAUCAGACAUUAUUAUUCUACUGUAAAAAAUUCAUAGUUAAUUUGGAGUGAUUAUGGAUUUUAUUUAAAUUCAAAUUCACUUCUCAGCUCGGAGUUUUGAAGUUUUUUAAAAAAAUCAUUUCGCUUAUGGAGUAAAGGGGCAGUUUGUUUUUCCAGGAGUGAUCUAGAUUUUUAUUUAAAUCCAGAUUUACUCAGAUUCGAAGUUUUAGCAUUUAAAUAAUAUUUUUUUAUAAGUCAAUUAUAGUCUGAAGAUUUUCAAUAAUAAAAUAAAUUUCUCUUCAGAGUGAAUUUAAUUCUUGGAAUUUAAUUCGCAUUCACUAUGAAAGUUUUUUAAAGUGUAAAUAUAAAUGAUCCUGUAGUUAAGACAGUUUAUAAUUUUCG